GAGAAAGGGAAUAAACGGAGUUCUUCAGUUAAUCAGUGAGGGGAAAAACAAAGAGAAAACAGAUGAAUAUCAGGAUGGAUCAAACUGCAAACACACUAAGUCUAAUUACAGGUGGCUGGAUAGCGAAUGAGUCCAACUGCAAACUAGCUAAGUCUAACCGCGUUAUUUGAUUCCCUGAAUUUCAAUGGGGAGCCAUGGGAGGUUUUAAAUGGGGUUAGGCUAUGAUCAAUUUUGCAUUUUUGAAAGAUUACUCCGGUUGAGGAGUGAAGAAAGAACGAGAAGGCUCAAGAAGAGACAAGGGGGCCAUUUAGGAGGCUGUUGCCAAGAUCCGUGGAUGACAUAAUGGCAGUGAGAGCGAAGAGAGUAGUAGAGAUUUUCAGGAGGAAGGACUGAGCAACUAGAGUUGAGGUGGCCGGGGGAGGACUCGGGGACGUCAGGGGCGAACCCCGUUUCCUAGCUUGGGCAGUUCGGUGACUAGUGGAGCCCGUUCCCGAGCUAAGGAACCUAGAAGGAGCAGUCAAGGAGGGCAGAGAUACCGAGUUUAAUCCUAGUUAUGGUUUGAAGCAUUUGUUGGAGAUCAGUGGAGAUGUCCAGUUGGCACCCCUGAGCUCCAGGAUAGAGGUCUGGAUCGGAGGCAAACUGUGCCCUGUGCCUUCUCACACAGACUUGGCCUCACCAUGUGCAUAAGGCGGCUUUUCCAGUCCCAUGUCCAGUGGGCUUGGAGGGCAGCCUUCCUGAAACACCACCAGUGCGGGCACCAGGGAGCCCGGCGAUGGACGCGGUCUGGAGGCGGCCCCUACAAAGCGGUGAUUUUUGACAUGGGUGGAGUUCUCAUUCCAUCUCCAGGGACAGUGGCCGCAGAAUGGGAGAUACAAAAUCGUAUCCCUUCUGGAACUAUACUGAAGGCCUUGAUCUCAGGUGGCGAAAGUGGGCCCUGGAUGAAAUUUAUGAGAGGAGAGAUAACAAAAGAGGAUUUCUUACAGGAAUUUGGGAGACACUGCUCUGAAGUGUCAAAGACUUCUGUGCCUGUGGACUCCUUUUUCUCUGUGCUGACCAGUGAGCAAGUGGCGAAGCCGUUCCCAGUGAUGACUGCGGCCAUAACUCAAGUUCGGGCAAAAGGCCUAAAGACUGCAAUCCUGAGCAAUAACUUUUAUCUUUCCAGCGGGAAAAGCUUUUUGCCCCUGGACCGGACACAGUUUGAUGUGGUUGUGGAGUCCUGCCUGGAAGGGGUCUGUAAGCCAGACCCCAGGAUUUACAAGCUGUGCUUAGAGCGGCUCGGCCUGCAGCCUUCUGAGACCAUCUUUCUUGACGAUCUUGGAAUGAAUCUCAAAGCAGCUGCCAGCCUGGGUAUUCACACCAUUAAGGUGAAGGACCCAGAGACUGCAUUAAAGGAAUUAGAAACUCUCUUGGGCUUUACAUUGAGAAUGAUUCCAAACACUCUGAGAACGGUUAUUCCAAACACUCGCCCAGUGAGAAAGACAAUGGAAAUUCCCAAAGAUUCCUUGGAGAAGUACCUCAAAGACUUACUGGGGACCCAAACCACAGGCCCGCUAGAACUACUUCAGUUUGAUCAUGGACUGUCAAACCCAACUUACUACGUCAAGCUGGCUGACCAUCAACUGGUUCUGAGGAAGAAACCUCCAGGGACGCUCCUUCCAUCCGCCCACGCAAUAGAGAGGGAGUUCAGGAUAAUGAAAACCCUUGGGAAUGCUGGAGUACCUGUUCCCAAAGUUCUUGACCUCUGUGAAGAUUCAAGGGUCAUUGGCACGCCCUUCUACCUGAUGGAGUACUGCCCAGGCGUGGUCUACAAAGACCCUUCUCUCCCAGGCUUGGAGUCCAGCCAGAGGCGGGCCAUAUACACUGCCAUGAACAGCGUCUUGUGCAAAAUUCACAGUGUGGACCUCAAGGCCGCGGGCCUGGAAGACAGCAGGAAACAUGGGGACUAUAUUCCACGCCAGGUGCAAACCUGGAUUAAGCAGUAUCGAGCCUCAGAAACCAGCACCAUCCCAGUGAUGGAGAGGCUCAUCGAAUGGCUGCCACUCCAUGUUCCCAGGCAAGAGAAGACCACGGUGGUGCACGGGGACUUCAGGCUGGACAACCUGCUGUUCCAUCCAGAAAAGAACGAGGUGCUUGCUGUCCUUGACUGGGAACUUUCUACCUUAGGCGACCCCCUUGCGGAUGUGGCCUUCAGCUGCCUGGUUUACCACCUACCCUCCAGUUUUCCCCUCCUUCGAGGUUUGAGUGACUGCGAUUUCACUCAGCUGGGCAUUCCUACUACGGAGGAGUAUUUAAGGAUGUACUGUCUUCACAUGGGGAUCGCUCCCAUCGAGAACUGGAACUUCUACAUGGCUUUCUCCUUUUUCCGCAUGGCCGCCAUCCUACAGGGAGUCUACAAACGCUCGCUCACAGGUAAUGGGGUGUCCUCAGCUUCUCCCCCUGGAAGCCCCCCUGUAGCCAUGGAGACUUCAGAGGGGCGGAUUUGGCCAGAGUCUAUAAGAUUCAAUAUGUGGUAUUGCCCUGGGAAGUGGGGUUUAGAGACAGAGCGUGUGUUUCAAAGGCAUUCUCUGUAUGCCCCUGAGAUAUUUAACUGUUCUGCUCCAGACACAGGGAACAUGGAACUUCUGGUGCGCUAUGGCACCGAGGAGCAGAAGGCCCGCUGGCUGGGGCCGCUGCUGGAGGGAAGGACCCGCUCCUGUUUCGCCAUGACGGAGCCCCAGGUUGCCUCAUCAGAUGCCACCAACAUUGAGUCUUCCAUCAGAGAGGAGGAUGGCUUCUAUGUCAUCAAUGGUCACAAGUGGUGGAUUUCAGGUAUUUGCCCUGAAAUUCUUUUUUCAAUUACACUUCAGUGAGUCUGUGUUGAUUAGUGUGUCGCUCUCUGCCCUGGGACGAUGGUAGCGGCGGCUUCUUUGCCAGUUGAUGCAAAAGGGAUUCUGUCUCUGUGCUCCCGGCAGAAGUGGCAAACCCUAGGAGAACCAGAGGUUCCACGUGGGUCACCAAUGACCACACGUGACAGUUCUAGGAAUCUCACUCACUCCCCACUUUCUUCGUUAUACCUUGGGCAUCUCCCUUUAGAAAGGCAGAAGGUCACUUCCUCAGUGGUGUCUCCCUGUGCGAGAUCAGGUGACUACACAGAAGGCUUAGUGACAACCUGCCGUUCAUCACAAGCGGUCUGCGAAGCCCUGCAUAAGAGCUGAGUCCCCUCACCUCCCCAAGAGGUGAUAUUACUAUCUUCAUUUUACAGAGGAGGAAACUAGGUCUGAGAAGUAACUGAGGGUACUGCCCCCGCUCCCCCGCACCCUCCUCCGACCCCAAGCAAGUAGGGAAUCCAGAAUGAAGGGUUUGCCCAUUUCUGAAGCCCGUGCCCGAAGCCAUCACGUUUAUGCCACCCAGCAGAACGGCUGCCGGUGAUACAGUUUCCGC